GGUGGCGGCCGCAGGAUGGCGGACCAGAUCCCUCUGUACCCGGUGCGCAGCGCCACGGCCAGCCGCAAACGCGCGGCCUACUACAGCGCGGCGGGGCCCGGGCCGGGGGCCGAGCGGCCCAGCAGGUACCAGCUGGAAGAUGAGUCUGCCCCUUUGGAUGAAAUGCCGCUAAUGAUGUCUGAAGAAGGCUUUGAGAACGACGAGAGUGAUUACCACACGUUGCCGCGAGCGAGGGUCACGCGGAGAAGAGGAGGUCUGGAGUGGUUUGUCUGCGGAGGCUGGAGGCUCCUCUGUACCAGUUGCUGUGAUUGGCUGAUAAAUAUCUGUCGAAGAAAGAGAGAACUAAAAGCUCGCACAGUGUGGCUUGGAUGUCCCGAAAAGUGUGAAGAGAAGCAUCCCCGAAAUUCUAUCAAAAAUCAAAAAUACAAUAUCUUUACCUUUAUACCUGGGGUUUUGUACGAACAAUUCAAGUUUUUCUUGAAUCUCUAUUUUCUGGUAGUGUCCUGCUCCCAGUUUGUGCCAGCGUUGAAAAUCGGCUAUCUCUACACGUACUGGGCUCCUCUGGGAUUUGUUUUGGCUGUUACUAUCAUGAGGGAAGCCAUUGAUGAAUUCCGGCGUUUUCAGCGGGACAAGGAAGUGAAUUCACAGCUCUACAGCAAGCUCACCGUAAGAGGUAAAGUGCAAGUUAAGAGUUCAGACAUACAAGUUGGAGACCUCAUCAUAGUGGAAAAGAAUCAAAGAAUUCCAUCGGACAUGGUAUUUCUUAGGACGUCAGAAAAAGCAGGUUCGUGUUUUAUUCGCACCGACCAGCUCGAUGGGGAAACUGACUGGAAGCUGAAGGUGGCGGUGAGCUGCACGCAGAGGCUGCCGGCCCUGGGGGACCUGUUUUCAAUCAGCGCUUACGUUUAUGCUCAGAAGCCACAACUGGAUAUUCACAGUUUUGAAGGCACGUUUACCAGGGAAGACAGUGAGCCGCCCAUUCACGAAAGUCUCAGCAUCGAGAAUACGCUGUGGGCGGGCACCGUUGUUGCGUCAGGUACUGUAAUAGGUGUUGUCAUUUAUACGGGAAAAGAGACUCGAAGUGUAAUGAACACAUCCAAUCCAAAAAAUAAGGUUGGUUUGUUGGACCUUGAACUCAACCAUCUGACCAAAGCACUGUUUGUGGCCUUAGUUGCCCUGUCGGUUGUCAUGGUGACCCUGCAAGGGUUUGUGGGCUCCUGGUGCCGCAACCUGUUCCGGUUCCUCUUGCUCUUCUCCUACAUCAUUCCCAUAAGUCUGCGCGUGAACUUGGACAUGGGCAAAGCUGCGUAUGGUUGGAUGAUCAUGAAGGACGAGAGCAUCCCCGGCACAGUUGUGCGGACCAGCACCAUCCCAGAGGAGCUGGGGCGCCUGGUGUACCUGCUCACCGACAAAACAGGAACCCUCACCCAGAACGAGAUGGUAUUUAAGCGGCUGCACCUGGGGACUGUGUCUUAUGGCGCAGACACGAUGGACGAGAUCCAGAACCACCUCAUGAAUCCGUGCCCGCAGGCACCGUCGCAAGCGAGCGGAAACAGUGCCAGCUCGGCACCCCCAAGAAAGGCCCAGGCUCCAGCCCCCAAAGUCAGGAAGAGUGUGCGCGGCCGCGUGCACGACGCAGUGAAGGCCAUCGCGCUGUGCCACAACGUGAGCCCCGUGUACGAGCCGCGGGCCGGCGUGGGCGGGGAGGCCGAGCGCCCCGAGGCGGAUCAAGCCUUCAGCGACUGGGACCGGAGCUACCAGGCCGCCAGCCCCGAUGAGGUGGCCCUGGUGCAGUGGACAGAGAGUGUCGGCCUCACGCUGGUCAGCAGAGACCUGGCCUCCAUGCAGCUGAGGACCCCCAGCGGCCAGAUCCAGACCUACUCUGUCCUGCAGAUGUUCCCGUUCACGUCGGAGAGCAAGCGGAUGGGGAUCAUCGUCCGGGACGAGUCCACUGCAGAAAUCACCUUCUACAUGAAAGGGGCCGACGUGGCCAUGUCCACCAUCGUGCAGUACAACGACUGGCUGGAGGAAGAGUGCGGGAACAUGGCCCGGGAAGGCCUGCGCACCCUCGUGGUCGCCAAGCGGGCGCUGACGGAGGAGCAGUACCAGGACUUCGAGAGCCGCUACAGUCAGGCCAAGCUGAGCCUCCACGACCGGGCGCUCAAGGUGGCGGCCGUGAUCGAGAGCCUGGAGCGCGAGAUGGAGCUGCUGUGUCUCACGGGCGUGGAGGACCAGCUGCAGGCGGACGUGAGGCCCACCCUGGAGAUGCUGCGCAACGCGGGCAUCAAGAUAUGGAUGCUGACAGGCGACAAGCUGGAGACGGCCACCUGCAUUGCCAAAAGCUCACACUUGGUGUCCAGGACCCAAGACAUCCACGUGUUCAGACCAGUGACCACUCGUGGGGAGGCCCACCUGGAGCUUAACGCCUUCCGCAGGAAGCAUGACUGUGCGCUGGUCAUUCCCGGGGACUCCCUGGAGGUGUGCCUGAAGUACUACGAGCACGAGCUGGCGGAGCUGGCGUGCCAGUGCCCGGCCGUGGUGUGCUGCCGCUGCUCGCCCACCCAGAAGGCCCGUGUCGUGAAGCUGCUGCAGCGCCACACGGGGCGGCGCACGUGUGCUGUCGGGGACGGGGGAAACGACGUGAGCAUGAUCCAGGCGGCCGACUGCGGGAUUGGGAUCGAAGGGAAGGAAGGCAAGCAGGCGUCCCUGGCGGCGGACUUCUCCAUCACGCAGUUCCGGCACAUCGGCAGGCUGCUGAUGGUCCACGGUCGGAGCAGCUACAAGAGGUCGGCGGCGCUGGGCCAGUUCGUCAUGCACCGCGGCCUCAUCAUCUCCACCAUGCAGGCCGUGUUUUCCUCUGUCUUCUACUUCGCAUCCGUCCCUCUGUACCAAGGAUUCCUCAUGGUGGGGUAUGCGACCAUAUACACCAUGUUCCCGGUGUUCUCGCUGGUGCUGGACCAAGACGUGAAGCCGGAGAUGGCGAUGCUGUACCCGGAGCUGUACAAGGACCUGACCAAGUAACAUAAAGCGAAUGUGGCCUCACUGACGAAAUGUUUGUGGGACGUGGAUGCUGGAGGCUGUCAGGUGCUGCUGAGAGGAGCCUUUCAAGGUCCAAGAGAGGGCCGCCCGGUGGCUCAGCCAGUUGAGCGUCUGACUUUUUAAUUUCACCUCAGGUCACAACCUGAGCCCCAUGUGGGUUUGAGCCCCACGUCAGGCUCUGACAGCACAGAGCCUUCCUGGGGUCCUCUCUCCCUCGGCCCUUCUGCUCCCCAUCUCAAAUUUAAAAAUUAACAGUAAUAAAUAAAGGUGCAAAAGAACGUUUGUGACUGGAAGGCAGCGUGGCCAAAAGCUGACAAGCUGAUUCCGGAAUUUACAUGGAGAGGCAGGGGAAUUAGAAUGGUCAAAACCAUUUUAAAAAGGGGAACAAGGAAGGAAGACUGUACAGUAGUAACCGAUGCAACAGAGCAUGGGCAGAAGACAGACACGUGGGCCCCUGGGGUCGGCAGCCCGGAGAGCGAGCCCCGGUGUCCCAGCUGAUCUUUGACAAGCGUGAAGGGAAAUCCAAAGAGGGGUCGUCUUGUCAACAGAUGCCAUCGGAACCACUUGGAAGAUGGAGCCGCCACCCGCUCCUCACAUUCUGGGGAAACACGCUCGGAAUGAGGGACUUACAUGUAAAACGAGUAGCUUCUGGGAGAAAACGGCGAAGACCAUGUGCAUGACCUUGGGGUAGGCAUCGUUUUUAGAUACGGGGUCAGACACAUGAUUCAAAAAGGAAAAACCUGGUAAGUUGGACUUUAUCAUAAUUAAGAACUUUUGUUCCAUGAACGACACUGUUAACAGAAUGAAAGGGCAGGCAACGGACUGGGGGAGAAUGCUUGGAAAUCAUACUGGUGAGAGAGGACUUGUGUGCAGAACGCAGUAAAACCUGGCCUCUGAGCAUAAAUCGUUUUGGGAACACACUUGUAACUCACCACCCUUGUGUGUCAAAGCUAACUUCCCCACAAGAAAUAGUGGAAAGUCCAGUGAUUCAUUCCACAACCCCAAAAUUCAUAUAAAAGUUAUUAAUACUGUGAUGUAAUACAAGAUAAUAAGAAAAAUACAAAAUAGAAGAGUAAAUUAAUGUGCACUUAACUUUGGAAACCUUUGUGGCUGGCGUGAGGGAGACAGGAGAGAGGGUUAUUGCAUAGCACGAUUUUCACUGUCACCAGCGGAAUCACUGCUCUCCACUCCGUGGAACCUUUCUCUGCGUGGGGGCCGUGGUACACGCUCGCACAGCGUUAGUAAACUCUGGCUGUAGACUGCUUUCCGUGCAGCUGCAGUCAGGCAGCAGAGGGAAGCGUCCCCAUCUGCAGGAGCCUGACCUAGAAGGAUGCAGAGCCUUCCUAAGCUCACUCCUGACGGAAAAGCAAAGGACUGUCCUGAGGUGCUUGGAAGUGACAGAGAUACACUAGUGCCAGUUGUGGGCACGUUCCAAUACCCUGGAAAAUCACUGGUUUCUGCCAAACACCGCGGCCUGAGACCAAGCAUCAGAGCUUGGGAGACGAUCCCCCACCGUCCAGCAGCGAGACGGAGCGAGAGCCCUUGGCUCCGUGUGAUCACGUGACAUUCUGCACCAGGUUCUCCUCAUACUUCCGGACAUCACUCAUGUAUCAAGUUAAAAUUUAUUAGAAAUGUUUGAUCGUCUUGCAGAACACUCGUAGAACAAGUUGCAACCCAAGGUUUUACUGUAUGUAAGUGUAAAGAACCCUCAAAACUCAAAAAGAAGACAACCCAAUUUUUUAAAUGGGCAAAAGAUGUGAACUGACGUCAUACCCACGGUCACGGUGUGCAGAUGGCAAGUGAGUGUCUGUGAAACGCCCACCACCGGCGGGUAGAGGCAGGGGCCACGACCACCACCCCCACCCCCACCCCGGGCAGCAGGGUCCAGAGCCCAGGCUGCUGACGGGACUCGUCAUGAUGGCACAGCCACCCGGAGCGUGGCUGGGAGCCUCAUGAAGUUGGACACGCAUGGAGCGCGUGAGCCAGCAGUCCCGUGGGGCCUUCACCAGAGAGAAGCGAAGACUUGUGUUCACGUGGGGUCCCAUGGAUAAUGAUUAUGGGAGCUUUGCCAUAAUUGCCCAGAACUGCAGCCGCGCACUGGGAGAGCGUUCAGUGAGAAGAAAAGCCGUCAAUCCAGCAACAUGGGUGAGUCUUAAAUGCAUUUUGCUGUGCAAAGGAAGCCAGGCUCAAAAGUCCAUAAGAUCCUGUUCACCCGCCAGCCUGGGAAAUGCAGAGUGAUGGGGACAGAGGACGGGGGCGGCCGCCCCGGGUCCAGGUGGGGAGGCUGAGGGGGCAGCUGUGCUGAGGACGUUGCCCCUGGGGGUCCCUUGGUCUCAAACCACAUGACCUUCGGGCGGAUCAACCUUUCCCAGAAUUUACUUGAUUUUGUUUAUUUACUGUUUGGGUUGGCGUCUAAUAGAAAAGUGCUUUCAGGCCUUUAAGGUCUAAUAUUUAAAUAUAGUAACAAGUUUUACUGAAUACUCCAUAGUUCUGGCUUUAUGCUUACUCUCUUUUAUCCGCAUGAGCACAUGCUGUUAUCGCCUCUGCUCACCUAGAAGGAAACCACUCACCAAAGUUAGCUACGUGCCCCGGGACGUCCCAGGGAGGACUUAAACCCGGGGCGGCCUGGUGCCUGGACAGCUCCUGCUGAAGGAAUGUCCCGUGUGUAUGAGGCAGGGGUGUGAAGGGCUCCGCCAGCCUGUGACAGACUCGUUCUUCCCUCCAAAAACCGAAGGAAAGACGCGUGGGCCCAGGAGAGCCGCUGGACAGCUGGCAUGGAUUGUCUCUCGGAGCCAUGAAUAAGCAUCACAUCUGGACACUAGUGCGUUACGCGUAUUUUUCAGAUUUUUUUCUCCAAUUAUUUGUUGUACUGACAGUUUUCGUGCCCACCUGUAGUGUCUUGCCUUAGUACAGCCUGCUUGGACACAAGAUCUCUGACAGGGGCGCACACAGGCAUGUUCUCUGCCAGACACCGUGGGAGGAGUUUGUUGCUUCUAAUACAGGAAACAGCACAGAUACCCCCUUUGUAUCUUUAGCUCUAUAAACUGAUCAUCAUGUCACAUAAAUAGUAUUGAAGAGAUGUCAGCAAAUCUGGCAACAAACUAAACCUCUUAUUUUUACAUCAGAAGAUGUAAGUUCUCUCUUAAAAUAGUCAAAUGAAAUUGGCCAUGUACUUAAUUACGUAUGCAUUUUAUCGAAGAUCACACACCUGCUGGUAUCCAGAGAAAUGUACUUGGGAAAUCCGUACUAAAAGCACCUACAUAACAAUUAAUGCUUUCUGCCUUUUUUAAAAUCAGCAUUGCCUUCCAAGAACAUGUUAUAUUCAAGCCUCACUUUUCACACGUGCUAAGGACUCGGGCUCAGUGUGUAACUCAGGAAGCUGCUGGAAUGGCCACACAUGUCUUGUGGCCUGCAUCUCCUCUGUGACCCAGAGGUGUAGACGGCUCCAGUGUAGACUGCUGUGGCAGUUGUCAUGGAAACGCCCCCGUCCCUUGCUGGCGUCUGAUGGCACUUUGACUCAGAGACUGCCCACCUCACGGGGCAGGGGGACCCCAGCCACGGACACAGCUUCGGGUUCUGGUCAUUUGCAGUUGACUCUUGAACCUUGUGGGGUCAGGGGCACUGACACCCUGUAUGGUCAGAAACCUGAGUAUCACUUUUGACUCCUCGACGUGUAACUCUUCACUCAUUAAAUAAACACCUGAUUAACACAGACUUUGAAUAUCACAUGUCGUAUACGUAACACAGAUCACAAUAAAGUAGGCCAGAGGGGAAAAAAUGUUAAGAAAAUUACAAGGAGGGGCACCUGGGUGGUUAAGUUGGUUGAGCGUCUGACUC